AUGUUUACUCCCGAUAAUAAUAUGAUUGGAUGCGGCGGCCCGUUAACCUUAGCCGUUGCCAUUUCCCAGAUCAAGGAGCGCCGACGCAGCCCACGGACCGGCGCCACUGCCCCUACCCCGCCGUGCACGCCAAUUCAACGCACCACACCUAGCGGUGACCUAUCGAACUCGGAUGCCAAUAUUUAUGCACCAAAGUAUCUGCUCAACGAGUUUAAGAACGGACACAAGACCGUUCGUGUGUACCGCAGCAUGGUGGUUAAGUUUUACAAGGGAGGCGCUGAUGUAGCCUCCUGCGCUACGCACGAGUACCGGAUGGCAGUUCUGUUUGCAAACCAUCCGCACAUUAUGAAUGCUCGAGGUGACAUUGUGUUUAACCAGCCUCGAAAUCUUACGGUCCUUCGAUUUACCAACCACGGCUUUGAACUUAACGAUGCCAUCAACCGCGGGAUGACGGUUGCGCAGAAGGUAGCAAAUUGGAGUGACUCGUUGCCGUUCAGGAACGAGACGCGGAACGUAGUAUCCUUGGGCCACGGCAAUUUUUCGAGGGCUGAAUCCUACACCUUGGGUAUCAACGAGUACGCGGACUUGACCGACACCGAGUUUCACGAGCGGUUCCUGACAGGCUAUCUGUCUGACCCGCGAGACCGGGGCUACACGAGCCUGUCAAACCCACACCACUACACCCACGAUCCCCCAACCCGCAAUGGACUGGUCCACAAGAUGGCGUCAGUGGACUGGUCCACGACCAUGUCUGAUCGUGCGGACCUGGAUGAACUCCCCGCGUCCGUCGAUUGGUCCAAGGCCAUGUCCGGGAUUAAGAACCAGGGUGGUUGUGGAUCGUGCUAUGCUUUCUCGGCAAUCGAGACGAUUGAGGGCCACUACUUUAUCAAGCACGGCAAGCACCGGUUCCUGUCCGAGGGCGAGAUUAUCGACUGCUCGAUCCCGUACCACAACAUGCGCUGCGAGGGCGGAUGGCCCACCUCGGUGUUUGCUUACGUCAAGGACCACGGGGUGUGUCCCGUGGCCGAGUAUCCGUAUAGCAUCCCGUUCCAGUUCUGCCAGCGCAGUGGGGCGUGUCAGAAGCACGACCGCACAUUUAUCACGGCGUUCCACACCAUUGACGGGCAAUCGGAUGAGGACAACAUUGUGCGCGCUCUGCAAGACGGUCCCGUGAGCAUUGCCAUUGCGGCCAACGAUGCGUUGCAGUUCUACAAACGCGGUAUCUUUAGUGGCUGUGACGAAACGACGCGCUUGAACCACGCCGUCGUGGCCAUCGGGUACGACGAACACAGCUUCCUGGUCCAGAACUCCUGGGGCGACUCGUGGGGUGAUUGGGGUAUAUUCAAAUUACCUCGACAUGCGGUUGCACAGGAUGUGGCCUGUGGGCUUCGUGGUGCACCGGCCACGGUGACGGUGUAG